AUGGCGCUCCCACUGCCUGGCUCUCCAGGCACAUCAUGGGCGUCUUUCACCGAGCGCUUCAAGCAGACAUUCAAUGGCGCAGAUCCACGGGUAUGCGUUGCUUUCUGGCUGUUCGGACUAAUCAACAAUGUUCUCUACGUGAUCAUCCUCUCCGCAGCCCUCGACCUCGUCGGCCCGUCCGUUCCCAAAGGCGUCGUCUUACUUGCAGAUGUGAUCCCUAGCUUCGUCACAAAGCUCUGCGCGCCUUACUUCAUUCAGGCAGUGCCUUACUCCGCGCGCAUCAUCAUCUUCGUCGCCCUCUCAGCAACCGGCAUGCUCAUGAUCGGCUUGACGCCUAGCUAUACCGAUGGUGGAACGAUAAGCACAAAAUUGGCAGGUGUGAUACUCGCCAGUCUGAGCAGCGGUGGCGGAGAGCUGAGCUUCUUGGGUCUGGUCCACUACUACGGGCCUUUCAGUCUUGCGGCUUGGGGCAGUGGAACUGGUGGCGCAGGACUGAUCGGCGCUGGGGCGUAUGCGUUGGCAACGACGAAGCUGGGUUUCAGCGUCAAGGCGACGAUCCUCGCCAGCGCGUGCCUGCCGGUGGUCAUGCUGAUCAGCUUCUUCAUCAUCCUGCCAAGAGGUCCGCUCCAGCAGACGCAGAGGAUGACCGGCAAGAAAUCAGGCCAGACCCCGUCAAGGCGUGAUUCCGAAGACAUCGACAGCGAACAGCGACAAGGCCUCCUAUCCCCCACCGAAACCACCGACCCCCUCAGCCCACCCACCGAAACCAAGUCGACCACAUGGCAGCACUUCACCAGCAACCUCCGCCGCGCCCGCUCCCUCUUCUUCCCAUUCAUGCUGCCCCUCCUCCUCGUCUACAUCGCCGAGUACACCAUCAACCAAGGCGUCGCGCCCACCCUCCUCUUUCCUCUCCCGCAAACGCCCUUCAACGAAUACCGCGCCUUCUACCCAACCUAUAACUUCCUCUACCAGACCGGCGUCUUCAUUUCGCGCUCCUCGACGCCAUUUUUCCGGAUACACAAGCUCUACCCGCCGUGUUUCCUGCAGUGUAUCAAUCUAGCAGUGCUGUUCGCGCACGCCAUGUUCGACUUUAUUCCGAGCGUCUGGAUUGUGUUUGCGAUUGUGUUCUGGGAGGGUCUGCUGGGCGGGCUGGUGUAUGUCAAUACGUUUGCGGAGAUUAGUGAUACGGUGCCGAGGGAUGAGCGGGAGUUUAGUCUGAGUGCGACGACUUUCACACUACCGCCACUGGCGCCGACCCUGGAAACGCAAAAGGCAAAAGAGAUAUCAGCAGCACCCAGACUCGAACUGGGAUCUUCGAGAGGCAUUCCGCCACAGAACCUCCCACCGAAGCGGGCACUCAUCAACUACCGAGGUAGUCAUGAGACGUUAGUACCACUUGCGUGGCUGACUGUGUUCUCGACGUCCUGA